AUGGACAAAUUGGUAUUUGGCAUAGAAACAGGAUCUAGCAGUAAGGAGAAGAUUCAAAAGGAGAAGCGUCAGCGUGCUCUGGCACCAACCUUGGAGGACAUCCAAAUGAAUGGACCAGAUCAGCUGGUCAGGGAGGAAGUGCAUCGGAACACCUGGUUCUUUGUGUUCUGGUUGGGUCUGGGCGUGCUCUCGACUGCAGGGCUUUGCAUCGGCCUACCCACAUUUUACCUCUACUUGGGACCUCACAUCGCCAGCGUCACGAUGGCCGCAUACCAGUGCAAUUCGCUCCAGUUCCCGAGUCCUAGUCUUCCCUAUCCGGAUGACAUCAUCUGCCCGGCGGAGCCGUAUGGGCCAUUAUAUCGAAGGGCGGCAUAUUUGCACGGCUACGAUCCUGAUGAUGCCGAGGACCUGGUCGAGUUCGAAGCCCUGAAUGCUGAAAAGGACCAGAUGAAUCUUUGCAUGCUGGACAAGUGCAAGCUGUUCGUGAAGCGCGUGGCGGAGAGCAUCAAAUUCUUUGAAAUCCUGGCUUUGGCGACCUAUGGGAAUGCUUUUUUCGAACUGGCCGCUGGACGGUAG